AUGGAUCAACGCAAGCGUUCUAUUUCGAGGGAGCAACCCCAAGGGCGGGAAGCUGGACUGGCCUCUUGCGUUCAAGAAUACGCGCUCACAUCUGCGAUGAUGUUACAAGGCCCCCUGACAAGAAUAGCAGCAAAUCCUCCUCUUUGCUUCUUCCCACAGGGCAAGCAAAGGAAAAGUGAGAGAAGGCGAAAAAAGCAAAAGGGAAGACGAAGAAGAAGAGAUCCACAGUGGCCAAGCUUCAACCCAGACCAGCAUGGCCAAAUCAUGCCUGCUCUGGGUGCAGGUGAGGGCGCCAGUCCGAAGAUGCACGAGCUGCGGGCGAGAUCAUUCGUCGAAGGUCAAGCGUGUGAAGGGAAGAUGCAGGCCCAAUCACAGCGUGCAGGCAGACGGGCGUCAAAUAUCGCUCUCGCUUUUGGGCUGGUUGAUAGCCCGGCCGGCGCAUUCAGGGGUAAGUACUGUAAAUUAACUAACUCGUUGACUAACCAAACUUGCAGGCUCAGAGUCUAG